UACGGGUCCAGUAUUCGAGUGUGAAUUUCAAUGUAUUAUCCAAUCAAUAGUUUCACGAUGAAUUUAUCAAGUUAUGGAGUAAUUUUGACGUAAUAACUAGUGUAGGACAAGAAAAUUUAUGUACAUUAAUUACUUUUUUUUUGUUUUAAAAACUGCAAAACCAGUUUUGGAAUAUUAGCAUCAAUGAUGACUUAAUUGACUAUUGACACCCAAAAAAACACAAAUGCACUACUACUCCCGUAAAUAAAGAAUAAAACUUACAAACAUUUGUCAGCUUUAAUUCAGCAACUUCUUUGAAAAAUGUAACACUUUACCUUAUUAUACUCCACAAUUAAACACCAUUUCCAUUUUCAUUUCUAAACUUCUGUAAAAAAUAAAAAAAAUUCAGUAGCUAGGAUCAAUGAAGAAAAGGAGAAGAGGAGAAGAAGGGAGUAAUAAAGAUAAAAAUUUUAAGAAAAUAAAUCCCAAGAAAUUCUUCAAAAUUAUCCUCCCUAAAAUUCUCCAAACCAAAACCCUGAGUAUUCCUGAUGCAUUUGCAAAGAAGUUUGGCUCUCGGCUUCCAACAGAUGCCACACUUACAAUCCGAACUGGUCUUUCGUGGGAGAUUGCACUUGAAAAGGUUGAUAACAAGCUUUGCUUUACUAAAGGAUGGGCAAAUUUUAUGGAACAGAAUGCUAUAAAAUAUGGUUACUUUCUGGAGUUCGAGUAUCAAGGGAAAAAACAUUUCAAUGUUUACAUAUUCGAUUUAUCUUGUAGUGAGAUCGACUAUCCUACAAAAUAUGAUCAAUAUGCCAAGCAUAAGUUUCCUCUUAAUCGAGGUCAUGGUGCCAAUGUUAAGGAAAAGGUUGUAGAGGACGACGAAGAUGAAGCAGAAAAGAAUAUGCACAGGAAUGGCAAAGUAUUGGAGCGUAACAGCAACAGCAAGAGCCCCUCAUUCACCAUUACUGUGCGAAAUUCUCAUAUCUCGGACCAGUGCGGCUAUUUGCAAUUUCCCCUGGGGUUUAGUGACAAACACAUGGAGAGGUCGUACGAAUCUGUCACGUUACUAACAGAGGGUGGAAGGGAGUGGCAUUUAGAAUGCCAUGUUUAUGAGAAACUUCUGCGUUUGAGGGGGCGAGAUUGGAAGAAAUUCAUGCAAGAAAACCAUUGGAAGGAACAUAAAGGAGAGGAGUACACAUUCAUGUUGGUGGACAAGACAAGUAGCAGUGUUACGUUUCAAGUGAUUAAAGAAUAGAUUACUUUGUCUAAUCUUAUGCUAACUUAUACAUUUUGAUCGUAGUUAGAUGUUUGUAAUAAUUUAUGAAGAAGCUAGCAUUAUUACUAUA